AUGGAAUCUCAAACAUAUGCCAACCCUCCAAAUAUCUUCUCAUCCGAGACGACCUCGUUUUGGCUAUUCAAGCUAGCCUUCUUCAUUUCUUCGAUAUUACUUUCCCUCGUUUCGACAUCCGCCGUUGUUUUCACCGUUGCAUGCAUUUACAGCGCCAAAGAAACAACUUAUAAGAAGGUCAUGAAAGUGGUUCCCAAGGUUCUUAAAGGACUUUUAAUCACUUUCUUCUGGAUUUUCAUUAUUUCUUUUGCGGUCAUCAUGGGCGUCUCACUUAUAAUAUUUUUAGUGGUAUUUCUGGUUGUAAUUACUUCUGGUGUACCAAGUACCCCUGGAGUUCCAGUUAUGAUCCUCCUCUUAGUUUUUGGAGGAAUAAUUUUGUUGGGUAUUCUGUAUAUGAGCUUGGUGUGGCAAUUAGCGAACAUCGUAUCCGUUUUAGAGGACGUCCAUGGAAUUCAAGCCAUGAAGAAGAGCAAAAAUUUGAUCAAGGGAAAUUCUGGACUUUGUGCUGCCGUUUUGGUGGUACUUAACCUAUGUUUUCUUGGAAUUGACCUAGGGUUUAAGGCCAGUGUGGUGGGUGGAGAUUCGGUGUGGGGAAAGAUAUUGCAUGCAUGUCUUUGGGCUAUGCUAAUGUCUAUAUUGAGUCUCUUGGGACUUGUCAUCCAGACCAUCAUCUACUUCGUCUGCAAAUCUUAUCACGGUGAGACUAUCGGGAAAUCAUCGCUUGCUCAUCGUCUUGAGGUGUUCCACAAAGAUUAUGAUCAGCUGGAUUCCCAGGAGGAGGUUUCCAUGGUUUAA